GGAAAAGGGAAAAAGUUGAAGCUUCCGACCCCGAGCAGAGGCCAGGUCAAGGUGACAGGACACGCCACUUUAUAUUAAGAUCGCCCCUAUUGUAACAUUCUUUACUAUAAAUCUGCUUCUGUCUCCUUUCAAUUCUUUUCUCUGCAUUUUCUUUGAAACUUGUUAAAGAUCGUAUUUGUUACUUGUCAAGAUGGCCGAUGAAUCAACUCUGCGACAGCGAAAGCCUCGGCCCAAGAACGAGACCGAAUCUGAAGUCUCUCAGCCUUCGACUCCGACAAAAAAGGGCAAGAAAAGAUCCUCGGCCCAGGUCGAUGAAGAAGACCCAUGGGAUGGCUACUCCCCUUACCUCGAUGUCGUUCGUGUCAUCAGCUUCAUUAUCGUGGCCUCAAUGGGUCUAAGCUAUGUCAUUAGCGGAGGGGAGAGUUUCUGGUGGGGACACAAGAACAAGCCCAACUGGAUGACCCAGAGAUUCUACAAGGACUUGAUUCUUGGACCUCCACCGCCUGUAUAUAUGACUUUGGAGGAACUCUCUCUCCACGACGGUACCGACCCCGAUAGACCUCUUCUUCUUGCCAUCAAUGGUACGAUUUAUGAUGUUUCCAACGGCCGCCGCAUGUACGGCCCAGGGGGCUCAUACAGCUACUUCGCUGCCACCGAUGCUGCUCGCGGCUUCGUGACCGGCUGCUUUGCUGAGGACCAGACCGCCGACCUCCGUGGCUAUGAGGAGACUUUCCUGCCCCUCGACGAUCCUGAAGUUGACUCUCACUGGACACCCGAGGAGCUUGCUGAGCUCAAGAUCAAAGAGAGGGAAGAGGCUAAAAAGAAGGCCGAUGCCGCGCUCCAGCAUUGGGUCGACUUCUUUGCCAACAGCAAGAAGUACACCAAGGUGGGAUAUGUGUAUCGGGAACCCGACUGGCUGGAGAACGAGAAGCCCAAGAAGCUUUGCGACCAGGCUCAGAGAAGCAGAAAGACAAGAAAGAUUCCUAAGAAGGAUUGAUCUUUACUCAGACUGGGAAUGUUGCAUGUUUGUAUUUCUGGUUAGCAUGUAUCCAUCCUUUUUCAAACCCAACCAAGCUCAAAAGGCAUGAUAUACAUGACCGUGAACACGUUAAAAACUUCAAAUUAAGGGAUAAUGAAGAUGA